GAAGCACUUCUCCUAAUUAACUAAGAAAUCAGGCAAAGAUCCUCCGUGCAAAAACAAAAUUUCAUGACUUCAAAUGAAAAUUCAUCCCCACUAUAUAUAAUAUAAACCUUUUCACCAUCAAAUUCAACUUAAAAAACAAAAGAAAAAAACGCCAUAUAAUAUUGAUUGAUCCCAUGGAAAAUCACUUACCAAGUUCCCGCUACAAAUCACUAGCCAUCAUUUUGGGUCUAAUCUUGCUCCGUGCGCACGUUAGCAACUCAUCGGGCGUGGUGGACCGAGGACGAGGCAAAUGGCGGGUCCUCCUCCACAACACCGGCGUGGUGGCAAUGCACAUGGCCCUCACUCACCACAACACAGUCAUCAUGUUGGACCAAACGGGCUCCGGCCCGUCUGGCUAUCAACUAAGAGGCCGGUCCAACGGGCCCCUUUGCCAGGUCACUCAGACGGCCGACCCGUCUUGCUACGCUCACUCGGUCGAGUACAAUGUGGCGCAGAACAAAAUCCGGCCACUCGACAUCCGGACCGACUCUUGGGGCUCGUCCGGGUCCAUGAUGAGCAAUGGGACCCUCAUCCAAAUGGGCGGCUUCGGAUUCGGUGCGCGAAAGAUUCGAUAUUUCGAGCCGUGCGGAGAUGGAAAAUGCGAUUGGAGGGAAACGAGAAGGUUGUUAUUGGCGGACGAGAGAUGGUACUCGUCGAGCUUAAAACUCCCGGAAAAAAACGAUCGGGUGAUCGUCGUAGGCGGGAGGAACGCCUUUUCGUACGAAUUCGUGCCUAAAGUUGAGGAGAAAUCUUUCGACCUACCUUUCUUGCAAAAAACUUGCGAAAAAAACAAGGGAGGUAAUAAUUUGUACCCGUUUAUCCACCUCUCGUCCGACGGGCAUUUGUUUGUUUUCGCGAACCGGGACUCUAUACUUUUUAACUAUAAGAGAAACAGAGUUGUUAAGCAUUUUCCUAGGAUUCCGGGGAAGGGUUCGAGGAGCCACCCGAGCGGUGGCUCGUCGGUGAUUCUCCCGUUGGGCCACGAGGAUGGGUUUCGGAAAGUGGAGGUUAUGAUCUGUGGAGGGGCUGCUGACGGGGCAUUCGAGGCGGCUAGACAGGGUCGGUUCUUGAAGGGAUCGAGCUCGUGUGGGAGGAUGGUCAUCACAGGACAUCAUCACAACUGGAAAAUGGACAACAUGCCAGGGCCGCGCCUAAUGAACGAUAUGAUCAUUUUACCGACCGGACAUUUACUCAUUAUAAACGGCGCCAAGAAUGGCUUGGCCGGGUUGAAUUCUGCUUCGGACCCUUCUACUCAGCCAUAUCUCUACAAGCCAAAAAAAUCGCGUGGGAAAAGAUUUUCUGUACUCAAAGGAACUAAAAUCGCGCGAAUGUACCAUUCAUCGGCUGUGUUAUUGCCCGAUGGAAGGGUUCUUGUGGCGGGCAGCAACCCAAACGACAGGUACAUUUACAGAAAUGUCCCUCACCCGACCGAGCUACGAUUACAAGCCUUUACGCCGACUCACAUGGAGAAAAAAUUCGACAACAAAAGGCCACACAACGUGUCUGUGUACUACACGAAUGGGACCACUAACCAAAGUGCGGCUAAUGGGGAAGAAUUCGAAGUCGAGUUUCGGGUGAGGAGAAGUGAGGAGAAAAUGAGAGUGAAGGAUUUGGUUUUCACAGCUUAUGCACCUCCAUUCAACACUCAUUCACUUUCCAUGAAUCAGAGGAUGCUGAGAUUGAAGUGCAACAGCCUUGAGAGGAAUAGUAAGAAUGGUGGGUGGAGGGCAGUUUUGGAAGUUCCAAAGUCUCUAAAUGUGGCUCCUGCUGGUUAUUACAUGCUGAGUGUUGUGAGAAAUGGGAUACCUAGUGAAGCCCAAUGGACUCACAUGGCAGAUCGCCCUUCUUACAAGAAGUUAUCUGCCGCCAUUAAAGCUCAACAGGUUGAAUUGAAAGGUGAGUCAGCUACAUUUUCGGAGACUAGAAUAUCCGAUAGAGAUGCUCUCACAAUAAAAGAAUGGGAAGUUGCAAUGUUACAAGAGGAGAUUGCAGUGAGUCAAGGUAUUAAGAUCAGGAGGCGGCCGCCAGCUGGACCACCUCUUGGCUAUGUGGGCCCUUUAGAACUUUGUCUGAAGAAUCAGGGCAGUAGCCCCCACAAUAUUCUUGAAGAAAUUGUAUGGUACAAGGAUUUGGAAGUCACUCAGAUGAAAGAGGGAAAACCGCUUUCGGUGCUGAAAACGAUGCUUGAUAGUGCUCCACCUGUUAGAGAUUUUGUUGGAGCUCUUAAGAGUGCAAAUUCACGAACUGGUUUUCCUGGAUUGAUUGCUGAGGUGAAAAAGGCCUCCCCAAGUAGAGGGGUUCUGAGAGAAGAUUUUGAUCCUGUUCAGAUUGCUAUAGCUUAUGAAAAAGGUGGAGCAGCUUGCCUCAGUGUUUUGACUGACAAGAAGUAUUUUCAGGGGGGCUUUGAAAAUUUGGAGUCAAUAAGGAGUUCUGGAGUAGAGUGUCCUCUCUUGUGUAAAGAAUUUGUAAUAGAUGCUUGGCAAAUCUACUAUGCUCGAGUGAAAGGUGCAGAUGCGGUUCUCUUAAUUGCUGCUGUAUUAGCCGAUCUUGAGAUCGAGUACAUGAAUAAGAUAUGCAAAUCGCUAGGGUUAGCAGCACUGGUUGAGGUGCAUGAUGAGAGAGAGAUGGAUCGUGUUUUAGAAAUUGAGGGGAUUGAACUUGUUGGCAUCAAUAACCGUGACCUUGCUAAGACAGUUCAAGUUCAAUCCUUGUGUAUAGGGACAUUUAAGGUAGAUAUUAGCAACACCAAAAAGCUUCUUGAAGGUGAGCGUGGAGAAAGGAUACGUCAGAAGGGCGUUAUCGUUGUCGGAGAGUCUGGACUUUUUACUCCAGCUGAUAUUGCAUAUGUACAAGAAGCUGGUGUUAAAGCGUUGCACGUGUUGCAUUUAUUCAUUUCCUUACUCAUUCUCAACAGAUUACAGCAAAAGAUGACAAUCAUAGCAGUUCCAGUUAUCAAGAAUGGCUGCCUCACGAUACGCGGCAAGGUUAUUUUAACCGAAGUCCCCGAAAAUCUCGUCAUAACUCCAUCAUCCAAAGGAUCCGCUUUUAUUGGAGCAAAAUCGAAAACAUUAAGUUCUCAUCAUGUUUUCACUCUUGGAGUUCUUGAAAAUUGCAAGUUCAUGUGCCUUUUCAUCGCGAAAAUAUGGUGGAUGAUACCGCGUGUUGGAAAAUCGGCGAGUGAGAUUCCUAUGGAAACUCAGAUGCUUUUGCUUGAAUCUAGACAAGAAUCAUCCAUGCUCGAUAUCGAAGAUGAAGAAAACACGGCCGAUAACAAUACGAGCCAAAAUAAGUUUUAUGUUCUCGUGUUGCCUGUUCUUGAUGGAGCCUUUAGGACAACUCUGCAAGGGACAUCCUCGAAUGAGCUUCAGUUCUGCUACGAAAGUGGUCGGAUACUUGCUAAACAUAAGGGUACAUUUAACCACCUGGAGAGCAAAAAGUCACCAGCUCAUUUAGAUUGGUUCGGUUGGUGCACUUGGGAUGCUUUCUACACUGAAGUCAGUCCAAAUGGAAUCAAAGAAGGUCUUCAAAGUUUCAAGGAAGGAGGGAUUUCUCCCAAGUUCCUGAUCAUAGACGACGGGUGGCAAGAAACAGUAAACGAAUAUAAAAAAGAAGGCGAGCCGUUUAUUGAAGAAACACAGUUUGCCACCAGAUUAACAGAUAUCAAAGAAAACAGUAAGUUCAAGGGAUCAAAUACUGAUGGCACAAGAACAAAUCUGAAAGAGUUAAUCCACUACAUCAAACAAAACUAUGGACUAAAGUAUGUGUACAUGUGGCAUGCUUUAGCCGGAUACUGGGGAGGUGUACUUUCCUCAUCCGAGUCACUCAAAAAGUACAAUCCUAAGCUCGAAUAUCCACUUCUAUCUCCGGGAAAUAUCGGGAAUAUACGAGACGUGGCCUUAGACAGCUUGGAAAAAUAUGGAGUUGGAGUUAUAGAUCCUCAUAAGACUUAUGACUUUUACAAUGACAUGCAUAGCUAUCUUGCUAGUAGUGGAGUUGAUGGAGUAAAAGUCGAUGUUCAAAAUCUGUUGGAAACCUUAGGAUCCGGAUAUGGUGGGAGAGUUUCGAUUACUGAACAGUAUCACAAGGCACUUGACGAGUCUAUCGAGAAAAAUUUUGGCGAAAAUAACUUGAUUUGCUGCAUGUGCCACAAUUCGGACUCCAUCUAUAGUUCUAAGAAGAGUGCAACUGCAAGAGCAUCUGAGGAUUUUAUGCCGAACGAGCCGAAUUUUCAGACAUUGCAUAUAGCAUCUGUGUCUUUCAAUAGUCUUCUCUUGGGCGAAGUUGUCGUGCCAGACUGGGAUAUGUUCCAUAGCAACCAUAACACAGCUGAGUUCCACGGCACAGCAAGAGCAUUAGGCGGUUGUCCGGUUUAUGUCAGUGACAAGCCAGGAAAACAUGACUUCAACAUCUUAAAGAAACUUGUUCUUCCUGAUGGUUCCAUUUUGAGGGCUAAAUACGCGGGCCGGCCCACUCGAGACUGCCUCUUUGUCGAUCCUGUCAUGGAUGGCAAAAGCUUACUCAAAAUAUGGAACUUGAAUAAAGAAACCGGAGUAGUUGGAGUUUUCAACUGCCAAGGGGCCGGAAGUUGGCCUAUGAAAAAUUCUGUCGAGAAUCUCACGCCUUCAGCUAAACGACUCUCGGCCUGUGUUAGCCCACUCGACGUUGAAUUUCUCAAUGAAAUUGCAGGGGAUAACUCUACCGAAGAUUCUGCAAUAUAUGCAUUUAACUCAGGUUCACUUUAUAGAUUGCCAAAUAACAGAACUGUUGAAGUGUCUCUAGAUGUAUUACAAUGCGAAAUAUUUACUGUCUCCCCAAUAAAAGUGUUCAAGGAAAGAAUCGAUUUUGCGCCAAUUGGCUUAGUCAACAUGUACAACUCAGGUGGAGCAGUGGAAGAGUGUGCAUUUAAGGACACAAUAAAAAUCAAAGCACGAGGGGCCGGAUUAUUUGGUGCAUAUUCGAGUAUCAAACCACAUUCGUGCAAGGUGAACAAGAAAGACGAGGACUUCACCUAUAGUUCGGAAAAUGGACUAUUGAAUAUUAAUCUUCAAAAAGAAGGAUCUUCUGUUUAUCUUUGUCUAAGGUUGAUAACCAUAAAGAGAAAGUGGCCUAAUGUUCAGAUUCAUGAGGCUGCAGAUUAUCCCUUUCAUUUUCAUACAUUUUUUCUUGGCUUGAGCCAGCUUUGUUACUUCUCCUCCCUCGACUUAUCAACUCAAAUCAAAGCCCUACCAGCCGAGAAACCCUUUUGCCUUCUCAUCUUUCUUCUUCGUAAACGGUCUAAGCUGCGAAAAAGAUCGUCUUUUGCAGCCAAAACAUCGAAGCCCGUUUCAAUGGAAUCCAACGGCUGUUUAAAUUCAGGCGCAUCAUCAGUUUCUACUUCAUCCAAGAUUCCAUGCACGGACCUUUACACACCCGUAAAAUUCCGGCUAUCUGGGCAAGGCGUAGUUUUUAUCAAAAAGCAAAAACCCCUUUACAGGUUUCCUGUUGUAGCUUCUCAACAAGGAAAAACCAUCCCGGCGGUUCACGAGGAGAAAGAAGCACCGGCGGAGAAAGAAGAGCCAGCGGUUGUUCUUGAGGAGAAGGAAAAGCCGGAAGUUGUUCUUGAGAAGAAAGAAGAAAAGAAAGGGCAAGAGUCUCCGGGGAAUUCAAACCGUGUCGCUACUGAGAAUGGAGAUGGCCAUGUGAAGCCGCCUGAGGGAGCUAAGGUUUACAUUGGGAAUUUGCCGUACGAUGUCAAUGGCGAGAAAUUGGGACGGCUUUUUGAGCGGGCUGGUGCGGUGAGAUUUGCUGAGGUUAAAUACAAUAAGGAAACUGAUGAGAGUCGAGGGUUUGGGUUUGUAACAAUGGGCACAGAGGAAGAGGCUGAUAGGGCUGUGGAGAUGUUCCUUGGUUAUGAUAUGAAUGGCAGACUCUUAGCCGUUAACAAAGCUGCUCCAAGAGGAUCGCGAAUCGAACGGCCUGCUCGAGUGCUUGAAACGUCCUACAGAUUGUAUGUUGGCAACCUCCCGUGGAGUGUGGAUGACACGCGUCUCGAGCAGAUUUUUAGCAAGCAUGGCAAAGUUUUGAGUACUCGAGUGGUGACAGAUCCUGAGACUGGUGAUUCAAGAGGAUUUGGCUUUGUGGUCAUGUCGAGUGAGGUUGAGAUGAAGCAGGCCAUCAAAAAAGUUGAUGGGCGGAGUUUUAAUGGGAGGGAAAUGAGAGUAAAUGCUGCUGAAGGCAAACGAAGACAAAAUGGCAGUUCUUGAUGACUUGAUAGCCAACCGAGCAGUGGUGUUAAAUCAGAAGUCUGAUGAUGAUGUUAAUUUCUACUGUGUCAUCAGAGAAAAUUGGAUUAUGCUCAUUAAUAGUAAACCAUUUUCCCUUUCGAUUCAUUUUGUAUCAUUAGGCAUUGAUGAGUCUUUCAAAACUCCAUCACUUUCUCUUUGACGAUACGUUUAAUGAAAGAAAUCUAUUCUGC